CUUUCCUCUCCCUCUGUAUUUACUGAUCCAAUGGAAGAACAAGAACCUCGACGCUAAAUUUGUCUUUGAAUUUAUCGUUUGAUGGAGUUUUGAAACGAAUUGGAGAUUUGUAUUGAGAAAUUUGAGUUAAUUUGAUCGGAAUCAAUGGCGACACUUCAAAAGUUUAAGCUGCUAGCGACACAAUGUGCGUUAGCCGGAAGUCCUUCCCGGAGUCCAGCUACAAGCCCGGUGAUUCACCUCCGACGACGGAAGACGUUACGGAUGUUGCUGAGUCGGCGGUUGCCGCGUCGUGAAGAGUUUUUAGAUCGGAGAGGUAAUAAUGAUGUUGAUUCGUCGGACAAUAGGAAGGAUGUCGGUGGCGUGAGGCAGAAGCUGAAGGAUUUGCUUGUGUCGUCGCCUCCGUCGCCUCGGUUGCUUGAACAGAACAGAACAGACGGUGGAGAAGAAACAAAGCGGUGGAGUGGUGGUGGUGUUCGGCGCGGUGGUUCGAGAGGGCUGAGGCCGUUGUCAGGGACAUUACGGCAACGGUUACUCCGACGAGCAUGGAGGCCGGUACUUGGUACGAUUCCCGAGUAAAUCAUUAUCUUAUUCUUGGAAACUGUAGAGAAAUUUUCCAGAAAUCACAAUGAUAUGUUCAAAUUUUCAAUCUCUGAUUGUCAGUAACAGAUUCUGGUAAACAUUCCCCUAAUCCCAUCUAGGGUUUGAUCUUAAA